AUGGAUUUACACCUCCUGAUCUCAGACGACGACGACGACGCUAAUGCGAACCGUGAUGCUGAGUUGAAGCGUGGGCAGAUACUGAUGAAAUGGACGCGCGCACCCGUGCCUGCGCGUGGGUGUAUCGGUGCCAAUGGUGAACGCAGCGCAAAGGCAUUCAAUUCAAAAUUCGCAGCUGCGGAAACGCCGGUGAACGAGAGCGGUGGUGGGAAUGCGAAAUCCCAAUCGGUCACUGCUCACCCCGCGGUCCAAGCUGUUACAUGUCGCAUUGGUGCUGCGGCGGGCCAGCUUGUGGCGAGUGUGUAG